UGCUCCACUUCAUCGUCCUUGUCCAUCUUCAACCUUUCACCAUCUCAAUCAAUGGCUUCUGCAACCUCAAUCCAGGCCUUUUCUUCUCUCAAGCUCUUCAAUCCUCGGUCUUCCCAUAAUCAAUCACUCUUACCUCUCAAUCCCUCUCAAGAAUACGAUUCCUUUCCUUCCCAAAACCUCAAACUCAAGCAUCCCUCCAUCUCUAGAUCAAGCUCCAAGAACUUCUCCAUUAACGCUUUCUUCUUCAACAAAUUUAAGCCCCGGCCUGAUCCUCCUACUCCCACUAAAGUUCAAGAACUGUUCGUCUAUGAAAUAAACGAACGAGAUCGAGAGAGCCCAGCAUUUCUAAAACUAAGUAAAAAAGAAGAGAACGCACUUGGUGAUCUUGUCCCAUUCACCAACAAGCUUUACACUGGAGACUUACAAAAGCGUAUAGGGAUCACUGCAGGGAUAUGUGUGUUGAUCCAACACAAAUCGGAGAAAAAGGGUGAUCGUUACGAAGCCAUUUACAGCUUCUACUUUGGGGACUACGGUCACAUCUCAGUUCAAGGACCUUAUUUGACUUAUGAAGAUACCUUUUUGUCGGUGAUUGGUGGGUCUGGAAUUUUUGAGGGUGUUCAUGGCCAAGUGAAGUUGCAGCAGCUUGUGUUUCCUAUCAAGUUGUUCUAUACUUUUUACUUGAAGGGUAUUCCUGAUUUGCCAAAAGAGCUUCUGGUCAAGCCGGUGCCGCCAUCGCCAGCAGUUGAGCCUGCCCCGGCGGCCAAGGCUACUGAGCCACAGGCCACUAUUCGUAACUUCACCAACUAAUAGUGAGGCGCAUAUAGUUGGGGAAGCCAUAGUUAACUACUAGUUUUUCAUUUUCGUCAGAGUGAAUGUACGAGUUUAUCUAUGCGUCGGAAGGGUUUUUGAACAAGAUUUGUGCAAGUAUGUUUACAGUCUUUUGCUUGGUGAGAAGAAUUGAUUCAGAUU